GCUCCAUUAGUUUGGUAAAAAUGUGAGCAUGACUGUGGAUAUGGGUAUGGAAAAUCUGCAGUAAAUUCGAUUAACUAUGCAUGCAAAUGCCAUUGGAAACAUGAGAUAUGAAAUUAAUUCGACGUACCAUGAAACACACGUCAGGAACUCAUUUGGCCAGCAGAGCUCGAUGAGAUCCGUGUAAGCGUUAAAGCGCCGACAUGACUGCGGACAGGAAUUCCGCGUGGUGUAAUCCUCGGAAUGGAAUGGAACAGGAUGACGUUGUGAUGAAAUGGGAUGGCUUGGUCGUGCUGCAAACCAAAUAUUAGCUCUGCAGCUGCACUGUUUUUCAAUUAAACUAGCUGAAUGCUCCUUCAGACGUGCAUUAAAAUGAAAAUUUAAUCACGCCAACGGCCAUGGCUGCGAAAUGAAUCACAUUCGCUGACCUGAACCUGAACCCCACGACUCCUCGAUCGGGCAAGAGGAAAAAUGCGAGGCUGAGGCCAUGGAGGCGCAUACGUAUUGUGAGGAAAUAUGUAAUUAAAUUUUUCUCCCGUAUGUCAUGUCUUCGCCUCGACCAAGCUGAUGGUUUUUUUAUGAAGGCUUUGUGGGGUAGUCGUGGUUCUUCACACUACAACAGCUA